CUGCUUCCCUCUCCCAUCCACCCUCGCUCUCCUCUCCUGCAUGGACCUGCAGUAUAUGAGAGGGUCUUCCUGUGGCAUCACUGCAGUGUAGAGGAGGGCAGGACGGCUUUAAAAGGAUGCGCUAAAAGGAUGGUGCAUCAGGAGAAACGCAUUUACCAGGCUCAGAGGAAUGAGAGGGAGUCGAUCAGGCAGAAACUUGCCCUUGGCAGUUUCUAUGACGACGAGCCUGUCAUCUACACCAGCUGCAGCAAAAACGGCCCAUCCUCCCGACGGCAAAGCGGAGUGAACCUCCAGGUGUGUUUUGUUAACGACAGCAGCAGUGACAAAGACAGUGAUGCAGAGGACAGCAGGACAGAGACCAGUUUGGACACACCGCUGUCUCCUGUGAGCAAGCAGAGCUCAUCGUUGUCGGACCGGGACACUGCAGAGGAGGACUCGGAUCUGUUGGAUGACUGCAGCGGGUUUUGGAGGGUGCAGCGGAGGCUGCAGGAGGAGGCCCGGGUGGCGCUGGCUCUGGCUCAACCCAUGGCCCGCAUGCAGGUGGAGGUGGAGAGGCAAAUUCAGCUGCACAAACGUUCUCCUGUGGCUGACCUGGUUUAAAUGAGGAGCUGGUGCAGCUGCUGCUGAUGAGGGAUGAGCUGCACGUCGAGCAAGACGCCAUGUUGGUGGACAUCGAGGACCUCACCAGGCAUGCACACAGCCAUCAGCGGCACCAAACGGAGAAAGCAGCCUCUAAAUAAAAAAAACAUAAAUCUGUCUGCACGCMGUUCAAACCUCCCAUUCCACACUGUGGCUUUCAUGGUGUUUCUGUUAAAACUCUACCCAUGUUGUCUGCUUCUGGAGAGCCAAAUGCAGCAUUUAGUAUGAACAUACCCGUUAUUUAAGCAGUAACGCUGCACGGUUCCUGUCUGGGUAAGAUUUCAAUAAGGAUACAUGAGUUUGCGCAACACUUUCACUCUCACUCAGCAUGAUAAGUCAUCCCAUCACUCAUAAACUCUAGGGGGAACUCCACUCGACUUAAACCCAUCCCAGGAUGUAUUAAGUGUUAGGUGAUUUUUGCACAGUCACACAUUUUUGUUUAUGUCUUGGGUUCUUUUUUGCUUUAGAAUAUGGUUCAUCACUUAGAAAAAAAACUCAUUUAUUUUCACAAUAAUUGUAGACACGCACUGUUCACCUGUAAUGUGUAUUUAUUUUACUUUGAGCACUGCUACUUCUCACUCGAAUUACCUGCAACCAUCUAGGAUGAUUAUUUUAYGUCUAAUAAUAGAAGUCGCUAAAAAUAGAUGUUCAAGAAAACCAUGGCAGCAUAUUAAAGUGAACCGUCAUAGAAAUAUGCAACAUCGUUUUUUUAUUACAUCAUCAAAAUAUCAAAUAUAUGGAUAAAUGACUGAUAAUAUAUUUUGUCUGUUUAAGAGGUUUAUGAAUAUAUUGUGUGUAAAUGUUAAGAGACACUUUAUUGAAAAAAAUGCUUUGAUGUCUUUCAAUGUUUUCACACUCAGCUUUUUAAGAAUGUCAAACCACACAAUGGUGAAUUUUAGAUUAUUUGCUCCAUUUUAAAUAAAGUACUGUAUGUAAAUUGAUUGUAAACACAAAUCCAGUAAUAAAUGUUUCAGAUGUGUUGA